AUGUCAGAAGGCAACUUGAAGGUAAUAUCUUCGGAUGGACAAGAAUUUCAAAUUGAUCACGAUAUCGCGAAACAAUCGAAGUUGUUUCGAUCGUAUUUUGAUGACAGUUUUGAUGAAUCAAUCAAAUUGGCUUUUACUGAUGCAUCGAUUCUUAAAUCCGUAAUCGAUUUUUGUGAACAUCAUAAAAAUGAUCCUGAAGCUGAAAUAAGCGAUGAUGAUGAUGACGAUGACGACAAUGACAACAUUAAAAUUCCCAAAAAGGACGUGCAACAAGUGAAACAAAGAAAACCUGUCAGCGAAUGGGACCGUGCAUUUAUUCAGCGAUUUUCUAUCCGUGAUGGAUCAUUGUUUGAUAUAAUCGCGGUAAGACAUCAGCAGAAAUCAAAGAGAUAUUUAAAAUUGCUGAAGUACUCAAUGAAACAACGACAUCAUCAACGUAACAAACUCAAAGCGAUAAAUCUCGUCAGUGAUAAUCGACUAUAUUAA